GUGUGUGUGUGUGUGUGUGUGUGCGCGCGUGUACAUGUGUGUCCAGUGUCGAGCGACCUCGUACGAGGAGGAUAUGGAUCUGGUCAGAGGAAAAAGUGACCCCUUCACUAAUGCUGAAUGUCUGAGCCUUUUUUAAAUGUUAGACGUAUGAAAGAAGUGAGGAGGCAGGAGGGGAACUCGUGGGAAAGGGCUGGAAUCCCAAGUGAAUCCCCACAAUCUCUAGGAAAUUUGAAAAGAAAGAAAACAAUGCAAUAAGGCUACGGCCGAAAGGUCCGGCUGUGUAGCCUCUGGAAACCAAAAACACUGACCUUUGGAUGAGUCUCCUUUUUAGAGUUUGCAGUAUUUAAAAAAAAUCGAACAAUAACACUUAAAACCUAUCUCACUGCAUGUGACAUUGCAAUACAAUAUGACUUACAAAUCAAUGUCUUUAGUAAGGUCUACAAAAUUGGUAUAUUGGUAAACGAUAGCCUCCAUAAUAACACUAUUAAUAGCUUUUAUCUAGGACCUAUAUUAUUAUAAUAAUCGUUAUAAUUAUAUUCAUGUGAAUAACGUUUUGGUAAUUGAUUUUAAUAAUAUUAGCCUAUAAUCAUAAUUCAUAAUCAAGAUAUAUUGUUAAUGUCGCAGCCGGACAAGGAAAGGACCCACAAGUAGCCUACCACAUGCGUCUUCAGGUACAACCAUCUUCUGGAUCAGCCCAACUCAUGAAUCAUGAAUGUCUUACAGCAUGGCCGCCGACCUUGUGGUCGUAGAACUACCGCCCUCUAGUGGAGAAACUAGCCCAAACCAGCUGUCAUGGGAACAGAUGAGGCACAGGCAAGAGUUAGCACUAAAAUGCAAACUCAUUGCCAUUGAUUUAUUGACUAUUUGCCAUCCAGAUCUGACAUUUAUUUUCUUCUAUACGUUCUCCAGGCCUCCCUUCAUUAUUUAAAAGUCGACCGAAUAAUUGCUCACGUCCAUGUGAUUUAGCAGCAAACGACUAAUUGAUGACGUAGAACUACGCGCGCAAACGGAACUGCUAACGAUGGCAGAUUCGUCACACGCGUUGCCAGGAUACCGUCUCCAAACGCAAUACGUAACCUGGCAACCUAGAUAAACAAAAGCCCGGCUGAUUGACGCGACCACACGGAGCACGAUGCAAUCUCGCCGGGCCAGUCGUGCGGGAGCCUCAAAACACGCAGACAAGAUAACGAAGCCGUCCGUGUUUGUCGACACGCACGCCGCCGCCUCCAACCAGGAAGCGAAGUCCCUGUUCGCGUUCAAAACGGACGAUGACGUCAGGAAGGUUUACCUGGCGGGAAGAGAGUAUCUCAACGAGCAGGGCCAGCCGUAUGUGUCGCCCUUCAUCGGGAAGAUCAAGAGGAGGAUGAGCUCAGACCAGACCCUGGGUUCAGCACAUCCUUCAUCCUUCGGCCUGGCCGAGUUUAACCACAGGGCCACCGAGGCGGUUCUAGGGAAGAAGUCCUCCGCAAUCGUGGAGAACAGGGUGCUUGGCGUCCAGACCGUUGGUUUUACUGGUGCUGUGAGACUCGGGGCUGAACUCCUGAGACACUGGUACAAUGGGGACGCUGCCUGGCAAGGGCCAGUCUAUCUCUCAUCCCACUGUGAUGACUCGCUGGCGGGGGUCUUCCAGGCGGCCGGGAUGCCUGACGUGCGUCAGUACCGCUACUGGGAUGCGGGGCGGCGCGGGGUCUGCGUGGACGGGCUCCUGGAGGACCUGGAGACGGCCCCGGAGCGGAGCGUGGUGGUGCUGUCGGCCUCCGCCCAUCCCACCGGGGCGGAGCUCUCCCGGGAACAUUGGGCCCUGAUUGCACGGCUCAUGAUGAGGCGCCAGCUCUUCCCCUUCAUGCUGCUGCCUGUGGCGGGCCUGUGCCAUGGGGAGCUGGAGCGGGACGCGUGGCCCGUGCAGUACUGUCAAUCACUGGGGAUGGAGCUGCUGUGUGCUCAGUCCUUCUCCCACUGUUUCGGAUUAUACGGCGAGCACGUGGGCCACCUGCUGUGUGUGCUCAGGCAGAGCUCGGUGCUGCUGGCCGUGCGCUCCCAGACGGAGAGGCUCAUCAACGCCCUGUGGGCCCAGCCUCCCGUAGGGGGCGCCCGCAUCGUGGCCACCGUGCUCAGCAACCCGGCCCACCGCGCCGAGUGGCAGGAGGGGGUGUGGCACAUGGCAGCACGGUGCAUGCUGGUCAGAGAGCGGCUCAGGGAGAAGCUGAGGCUGCUGGGAACUCCAGGCUGCUGGGAUCACCUGACCCAACAGACGGGUCCGUACUGCUGCACUGGCCUGAAUGUGGAGCAGGUAGAAUAUCUGUCAAAGAGAAAGCACGUCUAUGUCCUCCCUAAUGGCUGUCUGAAUGUGAGCGCAGUAAACAGCUGUAACCUGGACUACGUGACGGAGGCGUUGCAUGAGGCACUGAGCGCUGAGCUCCUCUCCUAGCCGGGACGAGGAUCUUAAAAGGUAAAUUGGACGGUAUUGGUUGAGACAAAAACAGGUGGCAUAACGGUUGGUUUAUGAAGGUACAACAUCCGCAUUUGUGUUGUGACGUAAUAAUGGAAUGUUUUGGAUUUGUGGAGCACACAGCGUUUAACUCUGUUACUAUAUUUGACAUUGUGUGUUAUGGUAUAAUUUUACCCUGUCUGUCUUUCCUUCUUUCUAUUCUGUCUUUCAAGAUUGAGAAGGUAAAUUCUGCUCUUGUUUUUCUGAAUCAAAACCAUAUCUAUCUCAGAAGUCUGAGAAAGUUUUUUAGGCAAAAGAAAGUCCUUUACUUAAUGAAUGAGAUUCCUCAGUGCAAGAAACUCUCAACUGCAUGGAGUAGGCCAACUGCUGAUCAACCAAACCCUGCACAGGGGAUUUCAAGUACAGAGUGACAUCAGAUCAUAACAGGCUUUCAGUCUGACAACCCCCAGUCUAAAGGGGCCCAAAGUGGACAAACUAAUAACAAUUCCAUCAAUAUUACUCUAGGACAUCUCCCAACGUCUCAAACAUAAACACAAAUAAACCUGGAUUCAACUCAACAGGCAAGGCAUGUUUGCGUCUAUGAACUCGAGCUCUAGUGAGUGACAGCUUCUCUUUUUGAGGUAACUCAUUAUUUCAGAAAAACAAGGGUGGAUUUUUUUCUCCAUGUCAACCUUUCUCAGAAUUCUGAAAUAAUAUACGUGUUAAUUCAGAGAAACAGAGUUUACAUUUUUUUCUCUGAAUUCUUUUGCAAUACAGUUGAAUGCUUUUUCUUGCAUUACGCUUCUGUACAUGAUGUUGAGUAAGCUGCCCUCAAAAGGCGUCUCCUUAUAUACUUUGAGGCCUUAAUAAGCAUCUGUGCAUCUGUAUUUAUAGAAGCUUAAUCCUUGUUAUAAUACAAGUCUCUAGUCUCGUCUUGUCAUGUGUGUAUUCAUACUCUGUACAUAACAUGCAGUGGAGUUACAGUGAACUGCAAAACAAUAUACUAAGAUGUAAAGACCUAUAUAACGAAAAAGGGGAAUGGAAAACCAAACUGAAUCAGGGAACUACCGAUUGGGAAGUUUCAGGCCGUUACAAAUACAGAUGUUCAAAUUAACAAUUUGUCCGUUAGCUGAUGCCGAAACCAAUGUUUUGUUGUUAUUUAUUCCUCUAUUUGUGCCUUGGCAACACAGUCACCUUCAUUAUUAAAAAAAAAGUGACGUGUUUUAAAGUCUUUCAGCCCUUCGUCACACCAUCUGUGAUCAGGCCAAUAUCGUCCAAUAACGAUGUAAUCUCCAUCGGUGCCUCCCUGCCUUGUAUUGUUUUGAGAUGAUAGUUCGGUCAUCUGAAUGCGUGGUCACUAAGUUCUUGUUCAAUCAGUGGUUUGGGAUGUAGGUGGAGGUAUGAUGUAUAGCAUAUUUUAUUUUUGUGAAGUACGUUCAAGAACAAAUUGGCGUAGAUGGCAGUUAAACACUGUAAUUAUCUCUGUGAAACACUUACGCAAUAUUUCUUUAUAGGAAUGAUGGAAGGUAUUUUGUUUAUAUGUCUUCUUCAUACGAUAGUCUAAAUAUCCUUAAUAAAACCUGUUGGGGCACAGCACAAUCCUGUGUUUUUUCAUUUUUUUUAUAUAUAUAUAUAAUAAU